UUUCUAAUGACCCCGGCAAUGGUGAAGGAAGGAGCAGGGGAUUGGCAGAGAUGCUGUAGUAUGCUAUUCUACACUUGGCACCUGAAAAUUUUGCAUUGUCUUCUCUUCUUCUUCAUCACUCCCUUUAUUGUUCUUCCAAGUUUAAAGUAAACGCCCAGAUUUAUGAAUAAAUUACGUUAAUAAAAAUAUUCAAGAAAACAAGUCCUUAUGCAAUGGGGAGCAGGAGGGGGAGUGGGAGGAUGGGGUUUUCUUCGCUUUCAUUGUUGAUUAAUUGUGAUAAUUAUUAGAAAGAGACGCAGAAGGCGAGGCUGAGAGGUAGAGUGAAUUUACAAGAGGCUGAAAUGUGUUGCCUCAGAUCAAGGGAACUCCAGCAAACAUGUGAAAGUGAGUGCUGCUAUCUUUUUGGGGCUUUCCUGUGAUUCUUGGGACUUCAGCUUUCCUGGGUUCUUUUCAUGACUCCUUUUCUUUCUCUUUCUUGUGUUUCAAGAUAAGGGUUUUUCCAUAUUUAGUUUAGUUUUGUGCUUAUAUAUAUAUUUUUCUAAAUUUUGUUUUAUUUUUGUGGAUUUAAAGUUGCUUUCUCGCAAUAUCUCUUUCACCAUAGUUGAUGGAAGUAGAUAGAGAAGAGUCUGGAGAAGAAGAAGCUGAUAAAGCUUAAGCAGCUCUAACCAAUCUCUGCUUUACUUGUUAGGGUUGUAAAUUCCACAAAUGGAAGUUUGGUUCUAUUCUUGUUGACCUGAUCUGAAUGUCCAUUUCCCUUUCACCACCUUUUAGCUCACCCAAAUCUUGCGUCUCACGAACUUCUUUCCUGAUUUAGGAAUAUUGUGUUUUCUUUUAACCCGCUGCUCUCACAUUCCAAAAUCAUUCUUCAUGAGAGGAGUUGAUCAUUUAGUUGAAUAAUGACAGGUUUUAUUAUUUUAGAUGGGUGGGAGGGUAACUUUUUGUGCUGCCCAGACAAGGAUUUUGAUGGAGGAGAUGUCUCCGACGGUUGCAGUGCCAUAUAGAGUAGGUAAUUCAGUAUGUGAAAACCCAACCUCAGAUACCCAUUUGGAUAUCACAGGACUUAAGCUGAUGGCAGAUACGGCAGGCUUAUUAUCUGAUUCUGUCUCUAAAGUUUCUACUAUUGGGGAUAAGGGUUGUAAUGGUGGUUGUUUGGAUUAUGAAGUUAGUGAUAUAACAGUUGGCAUUCCAGAAGAGGACAAGCAGGGAGGAGCCCCUUUGUUGGAUAUGAUCUCUGAACAUAAAAAUAAUUGGGUGGUUACUGAUAAUUUGAUAAACCAGGAAAGUGAAGAAGAUGAUUCCUUUUCCUUGGAGGGCGAUCGUAUUUUUGAUAGUUCUUGCUCUCUUUCAGUGGCUAGUGAGACUAGCAGCUUGUGCGGAGAGGAUUUCCUGGGUUUCGAGGCCAUCUCUGAGAUAGGAACUCCAGGUUCUGUGGAUAUUGGGAAGAGCAUCGGCAGUGUUGAAAUUAUUGCUAAUGCCACCGAUUUGGCGUCAAAUGUAGAGACAGAGGUUGGGAGAGAUUCUGUUUCUUUAGAAGCGAAUCUUGAGGAAAAGACUGGAAAUGUAUCUGAUGCAAAGCCAUAUACAGUUCUAUUUCAGCUGGCUCCAGGAAAAGGGGUGAAUGGAACAGUCACACGCAGUGUUUUUGAGGUGGACUGUGUGCCCCUUUGGGGAGUUACAUCCAUAUGUGGAAGGAGACCUGAGAUGGAAGAUGCAUUUGCAACCGUGCCCAAUUUUCUGGAAAUCCCUAUUCAAAUGCUAAUUGGUGAUCGGGUGCUUGAGGGUAUGAGCAAGUGUAUAACUCACCAGGCUGCUCAUUUCUUUGGAGUUUAUGAUGGUCAUGGAGGUUCACAGGUUGCAAACUAUUGUCGUGAUCAUAUCCAUUCUGCUUUGGCUGAGGAGAUAGAAUUCAUUAACAAUGGCCCGAGUCAUGGAAGCAUGAAAGAUAGUUGCCAAGAGCUGUGGAAGAAAACAUUUAGCAAUUGUUUUCUCAAGGUAGAUGCUGAAGUUGGAGGAAAAGACAGUGCUGAACCAGUUGCGCCUGAAACUGUGGGUUCAACUGCAGUUGUUGCCAUUAUUUGUUCAUCCCACAUUAUAGUAGCGAAUUGUGGAGACUCACGGGCAGUUCUCUGUCGUGGGAAAGAACCUAUGGCUUUAUCAGUGGAUCAUAAACCAAACCGGGAAGACGAACAUGCAAGGAUAGAAGCAGCUGGAGGCAAGGUUAUACAAUGGAAUGGGCAUCGUGUCUGUGGUGUUCUUGCAAUGUCAAGGUCAAUUGGUGAUAAAUAUUUGAAACCAUGGAUUAUUCCUGAACCAGAAGUUACAUUUAUUCCUCGGGCAAAAGAAGAUGAAUGCCUGAUUCUGGCUAGUGAUGGGCUAUGGGAUGUCAUGUCAAAUGAAGAAGCGUGUGAUCUUGCUCGGAGACGAAUACUUGUCUGGCAUAAAAAGAAUGGUGCUGCGCUUCCCUGCCCAAGGGGUGAGGAUAUUGAUCCUGCAGCUCAGGCAGCAGCUGAGUAUCUCGCAGAACGUGCUCUUCAAAAAGGAAGCAAGGACAAUAUCACCGUCAUUGUGGUAGAUCUGAAGGCUCAAAGGAAGAUCAAGAGCAAAACAUGACAGUUUCUUCAGAUUUCUUUACAGAAUUUCUGUCCGUCUGUUUUUCAUAUGGGCGUUAUGAGUUUUAAGGCUAUCUGUAUGAAAUAUAAUAUACAAAAUGGAUAUCCUAGAGUUCUAUUCAUUGAUUUGAAGAAUUCGCACCAUGCCUAUGUAAAUAUAGCUAUUGUUUUAGGGAUUAAGAGGUAUCCCUGUGUAAAUGUCUAUUGCUUAGCAAUUGGUUUUAGGGAUUAGAAGAUUGUGACAGUGGAAUGCUUCCACAAUAUAAGCAGCUGUAUUCAUUGUGCCUCCGAGUUAUAAAAGAGAGGCUCUGCAAGGUAUUUGCUUGCAAUAAUUAUAAUUGCUUGGAUGGUUUUUAAGUUAAAAAAAAUA